UGAAGCCUUCUGCAUGAUUCUGAGUGACACUCAUGUCCUCAGCAAGAUGACACGCCACUUUGGAUAUUUGUCCCCAUUGGUAAACAGACUAUUAGAGCAAAGAUUUGUGGAAAGAAGGUAUCACUAGGAAGAGUAUGCCUCGCAUGACCCCUUAGGGUCUGGAAGACUUGUGUCACCCCCCUAGACAUUUCCUGAUUUUUUCCUCACCCUGUGCCUGACGCUGGCCACCAAUAGUCCCAGGAGAAAAGGGCUCUGUAACACUGCUUCACAUUUGAGGACUCAGAUCUGCUUUUUGACAGCUCACUGGAAGCUACAGGUUCACUUCAGGCAUGAGGCAUAAAUAUAAUGAGUAGAGUUUCUAACAAUACAGGACCACAACACAUGGUUGGUGAGAAAUAAUAGCUAAUAUUUAUUGCAUGCUUCUCUGAAUUAUUUGAAUUAAUUUAUUUAACCCUUACAACAGUCUCAGGAGGUAGGCACUAUGAUUGUUUCUACUUAUAGAUAUAGAAAAAGACAAGUGAAAUGGCUUUUCCAAGAUCACCAAUGAGUGUAGGUGGAAGAGCUAGGAUAUUUACAUUUUAGGCCAUGCUCUCAAAAUACAAUAUAUGCUACUGUACUAAGAAGACAGAUGGAUGAACGAAUAAAUAGAUGGACUUCACUGAUCCAGCAGCAGAGAGAAGUGACAACAGAUGCCCUAGGGCUGAGAUUUUGUGUUCUUCACUAUCCCGAAUAUUUUAAAGAACAUGUGUAUUUUUAAAAUAGAAUUUAUUAAAAUAGAUAUUUUAGCCAUAACUCCAAGCAUUCUGAAUAUUUUAUGUUCAUUGUAUACCCCAGAUAAUACAUUUUCAAAAAUCUACAUAGGUUUUUAUUGGGUACACUUACACUAGAAAAUAUAAUUCUCUCAUUUAAAAAAAAAAGUAAGCUGUAAACCUAACUCUCUGGUAUGUAGAUCAUAGAUCAAACAAGGAAAAUGAUAGACCAGUCUGUUCUUUAUAGAUUCAUAUAGGUUUUAUAUGAUUAUACUUCUUCCUGAAAUAAAAAGCUCUGUGUAUGGUCUUUCCUUUGCUCUUCUGAGUUAUAUACACAUAAUCUGUUACAUAGGUUUUAACCUUGAAGGGAACAAUUUUUCCUUGGAACCAGGAUGAACUCAGAAUAAGGACUUGUGGGAAAUGUGAGGAGAAAAAAAUGGCUAAGAAAAACAGCUAGAGCCAGAGCGAGAUCUCUCUUUUUGAGAUCACUUUCUUGGAUCCUUUCUGUUCAUAUUUGGGAAGGACACAGAAAAACAUAUGUUAUGCCCAGAGUAUUUGGAGACCAUUUCAGACUUCUCUUCUGCUCCUUCUUUUUGCAGAUGUAAACAGCAAGGAAAUGCAAAGUGGAAACCACACUUCUGUGUCCUACUUUAUUUUGGUGGGCCUGCACUACCCACCACCACUGGGGGUACCACUCUUCCUAGCUUUCUUUGCCAUCUAUGCCCUCACUGUCUGUGGCAAUGGGCUCAUUAUUCUCACAGUCUUGGUGGACACCAAGCUCCACCGCCCCAUGUACUGGUUCCUAUGCCACCUCUCCUUCUUGGACAUGACCAUUUCCUAUGCUAUUGUCCCCAAGAUGUUAUCUGGUUUUCUCUUGGAGAGCAGUGUUAUCUCCUUUGGGGGCUGUGUAAUCCAACUUUUUUCUUUCCAUUUCCUGGGCUGCACUGAAUGCUUCCUUUACACACUCAUGGCUUACGAUCGUUUCCUGGCCAUUUGUAAGCCUUUACAUUAUGCCACUAUCAUGACUCACAGCAUCUGUAACUACUUGGCUCUAGGGACCUGGCUGGGAGGCACACUCCACUCACUUUUCCAAACAAGCUUCAUAUUCCGCCUGCCCUUCUGUGGUCCAAACAGGGUCGACUAUUUCUUCUGUGACAUUCCUGCCAUACUAUGUCUAGCUUGUGCUGACACCACCAUCAAUGAACUGGUCACCUUUGUGGACAUUGGUUUCCUAGCCCUCACCUGCUUUGUGCUUAUCCUCACUUCCUAUGGCUGCAUAGUGGCUGCCAUCCUGCGAAUCCAGUCUGUCGAUGGACGCCGCAAUGCUUUCUCCACCUGUGCUGCCCACCUCACUGUCGUCAUUGUUUACUAUGUGCCUUGCACCUUCAUUUACCUUCGUCCUGGCUCACAGGAGCCCCUGGAUGCAGUGGUGGCUGUUUUCUACACUGUCAUCACUCCCUUACUUAACCCUGUCAUCUAUACACUGCGCAACAAAGAAAUGAAGGCAGCGAUAUGGAGGCUGGGAGCGGGGAAGGAUUUGCAGCCUCAUUGACUCUGGACAUCCCAGACAUACAGUAGAUACCAAAAUUUAAAGCACCAAUGGGACACCCAAUAGUUGGGAAGAUUUAAGACAGAAAGAGAGGGAAGGAUUCAUGUAGAGUAAAGGACUUCUAGGUACAGAGGUGAGAACACUUGUAAGUUCCACAUUGGACCUGCUUUCAAACAUGGUACUCUGUAUUUCUUUCCUCUGUACCAACGGAAAUCAAGCAAAGCACCUCAGCAAGGAUGAAACUUUGCAGGAAAUAUCCAAGAUAAGUAAAAUAUUCACAUCAAAGCUCUGUUUGUGACAUCUACCUACAUGUAUAUUACUGCUUCUAAUCCCUGUAUUGAUACCCAUAUAGUUUUUUACAGGUCACAGAUAAACUUUACGCAAACCAACUGACUUGACUUGGACAACAGUUAUGUGAGGUAGGUAUUAUUCUUCUCAGGUAACUGUGGGGAAACUAAAGUUCAGAAAAUAGGUGCCUUUUCCAAACUCCCUACUCUCUGUCUUUUACUUUGACAAAAAAAAAAAAAAAAAAAAGGUAGAGGAGCCCUGACCUGUGUGGCUCAGUUGGUUGGGCAUCACCCCACAAAGCUAAAGGUCACCAAUUUGAUU